GCUUCCGUUCCGCGCCCGCUUCGGCCGCCGCCGCCACCCAUGCUUCCGCAAUCGCUGACGUCCAGAGUUUCCCCUUCUUGCUGUGAGUGGUCCAAACAAAGAGGAGACCUAUGAAGUGUUGGCGGUGGCCUCAGCUAGGAUUCCCCUCUCACCAUGGUCCUAAAGAACAGAAACAUACAGACCGCCAACAUCCUCUUCUCCUCCUGGGCCUUAACCUUGCUGGUGAUAGGCCUCAUCAUGGAGGAAUGGGCUGAAUUGCUUCCCAGAACGAAAAAGAACAAGAUUAGCCACAGCCCGUGGAAGACAUGUUGCACUGCCUUUUGGCCAGAUGGGCUGAAGGCGAUCAAGAUGACCCUGGUGGUGGUCCUCAGCCUGGCCUUCCACCUGAACUUGAUCAUGGGCUUGCAGCUCACCUCCAUGCUGCCGCAGAAUAAGUGCGUCCACAUCACCAUUGCCUUCCUCGGUUUCAUCACAGGUUUCCUUCUGCUCUAUGCACUGGUGAAAUACUACCUUAAGCUAAAGCAAGGCCAGGCUGUGUACUUCUCCAGCUUCAGGACCACCUGGGUCUUCAUGGCCACCUGCUUCGCGGUCAUCAUCUUCCUUACCUGUGGUGUGCUCUCGCUCCUCCAGUGCAAGCAGUCCCUCCAGAGCUGCAGCUGCCUGCGGCUCCGGGCCUCGGGCGCGCGUCUCCCCCUGGCCCGCAGCUCCAUCGAGGUCAUCUCGGAGCGCGCGGCCGUGCCCCGCAGCAUCGUCCGCGUCCACUCCACCAACACCACCUCCAAGGAGGAGGAGCUGCUGGGCAGAGCCAGCGCCCCCGAGCGCCACGUGUCCUGGGCUGUGUGA